AUGAGUUUCCCCGAUGAGCAGAAAGUUGACUUUCAGACUUUCCAGAACGUCAUAAACAACCAGUUAAGCUCCACGUCAGAAACCCGACAUGGUAUCUGCCCUAGCACAGAAGAGCCUCUCUGGGAGUCACCCGUAUCGAACCAAGAUGACGUUGAUCGAGCUGUAAGCGCUGCGAAAGCAGCAUAUCCUGCAUGGCGAAAGCUAUCAUGGGAUGAGCGCUCCAGCUAUCUCAUCAAAUUCGCAGAUGCCAUCGAAGCACAUAAGCAAGAGUUCAUUGACCUUCUAGGCCGUGAAGCUGGGAAACCUCCGCAGGCUGGUGGCUUUGAGCUUAUGCUUGUCAUGCAGCAUGUUCGAGAGACUCCGAAGUUUAGGAUCAAGGAGGAUAAGCCUGAGGAUAAUGAAGAUAGAACAGCCGUUGUACGCUACGUUCCGCUUGGCGUCGGCGUCGGCAUCGUUCCAUGGAACUUCCCCAUGUUGCUCGGCAUUGGGAAAGCAUACCCUGCUAUGCUGGCUGGUAAUACGUUUAUAUGGAAGCCUUCGCCAUAUACUCCCUAUUCUGCUCUCAAGCUGGCUGAGAUUGGAGCCAAAGUCCUUCCUCCUGGCGUAUUCCAGGCUUUGAGCGGCGCUGAUGACCUUGGACCUAUGCUGACUGCUCAUCCUGGUGUAGCCAAGGUGAGUUUCACUGGCUCUACCGAGACAGUGGCUGGAAAGGUCACAUUUCUGGCAUAUGUCCAUAGUGGCCAAAUCUGCAUGAACAUCAAACGCAUCUACGUCCAUGAGAGUAUCUACGAUAAGUUUGUUGCUGAAAUAGUCAAGUUCCUAGAAGCCCUCAAGACCGGCGACUUCACUAACCCUGAGGCAUUUUUUGGACCCAUUCAGAAUAAGAUGCAGUACGAGAAACUCCAGCGUCUCUAUGCGCAGAUCGAUAAGCAAGGAUGGAAGCGUGUCUUUAGCAACGCGUCAGCUGCAACAUCGGGCAAAGGGUACUUCAUGCCACCUGUUCUCAUCGACAACCCACCUGAGAAUUCAGAGAUAGUGCAAACUGAACCAUUUGGUCCAAUAGUCCCUGUUAUGAAGUGGCAGGCCGAAGACGAUGUCAUAUCCCGGGUUAACACAUCAAACUAUGGUCUUGGGGCGUCCGUCUGGAGGAAAGAUGUCAGUCGUGCUCGACGAAUGGCUGAGCAGUUGGAGGCUGGGAGUCUUUGGGUCAACAAGCAUUUCGAGGUUGCGCCUAGUGUUCUGUUUGGGGGACAUAAGCAGAGCGGUACUGGCAUGGAUUGGGGAGAGGUCGGUCUCAAGGGAUGGUGUAAUCCUCAGGCUUGCUGGGUGAAGCAUUCUGGAUGA